AUGGAGAACGAGACCGCGGAGCACGUGCUGCCCGGGGCGGCGAAGAGCAUGCGCCGACCAGGGCGGCUGGCCAGUGGCGGUGCUCUGGCGUGCCAGGCGCUGGCCGCGCCCCGCGAGGCACCGCCGUGGGUCAGCCGCCGUUGGUCCAUGGCUCGGGCGCUGCUAGACGAGCAGCGCAGCCGGGUGCCCGAGUUCUGCCGGGUGGCCCAGAAGACGGGUUACGUGAACGUGCACGGCAACGAGACGUCCGAGAACGUCCUGCUGGACCUGAGCGUCGCUAUGGGCGAGGCUCCGAGCCCCGCCGACGGCGCCAUGGCAGACGCCACCAUGAAGUUCCUGGUCUCCGUGAUGGCCGAGAAGGGCACGUACUCCGCGGAGACGGGCCAGCAGAUCAUGCCGCUGAGCCAGCCUCUGGAGGACAGCCCGCACCAGAUGAUCGAGCUGAAGCUGAGCCCCACCACGACGGAGGUGGACGUCUACUCCCCGCACCUGCGCAUCCGCACCAGCGACGAGGACUCGUCCGAGGCGCUGCGCCAGGGCAUGGGCAGCGGGCGGCUCGGCAGCCUGCCGCGGGUGGUGUGCGGUGCCUCGGCCACCGGCGGCGUGGCCGUGCGCAAGAUGGCGGCGAAGGACGCCGCCUCCGAGAAGCGCGUCCUGAUCGACCUGGACAGCCUCCUCAGCAGGGGCUUCUUCGCGGUCGCCGACAUGGACACCUGGACCCUGGGCCAGGGGCAGUACAGGCGGGUCUCCACCCGCAUCAAGGAGCUCAAGGCGUUCCCGAGGAACCUGAACCUCGUCGUCGAGAUGAUGAUGGCGCAGGCAGGCAACAGCCGCCAGGUCCCGGUCACCGUGGCGUUCUCGAUCGUGAAGCUGCCUGAGACCCCCAUGGUGCCGCGGACUGGCGACAACCGCCUCGGCUAUUUCGCCUCCAAGUACUCCGACCUCGGCUUCCACCCGCAGGAGAUUAGCCGCUCCACCCCGCCGAGCGCGACCGUGGACUCCCAGCGCACGAUGAUAUGGCGCUACAACCUCGACCGGGACGAGGACAAGCAGAUCAAGAUCUACGUCGACCCCACCGUGCCGACGAGGUGGCGCAAGUACGUGAAGGAGGGCAUCGAGGCCUGGAACGACGGGUUCGCCAUGUUCGGCGCGAACGGCACCGUGAAGGCCAUUGCGCCAGGUGACAAGGACUGGCCGGCGGAGUACGACCAGGGUGACGCGCGCUACACGGUUGUCACUUGGGUGCUGGACACUGACCGGGUGGUCAGCAGGGGCCACGCGCGGGUCGACCCGAGGAGCGGGGAGAUCAUGAAGAGCGAGAUCAGCAUGUCCGUCGGGUGGCUGCACGCGUGGCUCUCCGACAUGGACCGCCUCGCGCCCCAGCUGGUGCAGAGAUCCGACAGCGGCUACCUCCAGGAGGAGCGCGAGCCCGCCAGCGCCGAGGGCGCCGCCGCCGCGGCGCAGGAGCUCGCGGCCCCCGCGCCCCGGGCCCAGCGGGUGGCCGACGCGAGGGCGGCGCUCUUCGGCAGCUCGCAGGGCGCGGACAGCAGCCUGGUGCACCUCGUGGCCGGCAGCGACAGCAGGCUGGGCCUCUUCCACAAGGGCCAGCCGAUGAGCCCGCGCAGGCAGGAGGAGGUGCUCGGCGAGGGCAUCAAGCAGGUCGUCAUGCACGAGACGGGGCACAUCCUGGGCCUGCGCCACAAUUUCAAGGGCAGCCUUGGGGUGAGCUACGAGUGCACACAGGACAAGGCGUGCAGCGGCAAGCACGGCCUGUCCUCCAGCGUGAUGGACUACCUCCCCAUCAACCUCCCCGAGAACGACGACCCUGACAGCGUGCACUUCUUCUCCCCGGUCAUAGGCGAGUACGACAAGCUUGCCAUCGCCUAUGGUUACAUGCCGGACUCGAACGACAUGACUAGGCUUGACGACCCAGACAACGUCCUUCGCAAGAAGGAGGGCCUCACCUUGCAGAGUCUCCUGAACAAGGCAGAGUCCUUCGAGGUGUGCUUGGACAGCGAUUCCAGCCAGGGGGAGGACCCAGAGUGCAGACCGUACGACUUCACCUCGGACCCGAUCCGGUAUUUCGAGGCGACGCUCCGCAAGCACAAGAGCACGCACCAGCAUCUCCUGGACACCGCGGUUGCUCCUGGGAAGGCCUACUUCCACUACGGCAACGCGGUGACUUCCCUGAUGGGAUUGACGCGCGACAUGGGCCUCAAGGCGGCGCGCUACAUCGGUGGCAGCAACCACUCCUACCAGCACCGCUCGGACGGCGGCCGGCACGGGCCGAACGGCGCCCUGCGCUUCCAGUCCGCCCACACGCAGCGGCGCGCGCUGAACCUGACGAAGCAGGUGCUGCAGCUCUCGAGCUCGGGCCUCGUUCCGCCACGGAGCAGCCGAAAGUUCCUGGUGUCUGGGCAGGACGACCAUCUCCAGGUCUUCAACGUGGACCACGCCGUUCGCAGCAUCCAGAAGGAGUUGAUGGGGGAGCUGCUGUCGCCCAAGAAGCUCGAGAGGCUCUUCGACCACUCGGGCGAUUGUGAGGGAGAGGACUGCCCGCUGGGCGUGGAGGAGCUGCUGUCCGACCUGGUGCGCCUGUUCGGCGUCCCGCGCAGCGCAGACUCGCCAGACUGGGACCUCGAGCUCCAGGUGGUCAAGAGCCUCAAGGAGGCGGGAGCGGUGGCGCUGCCUGCGGAGGUGCAGUCGCUGGUCUCGCAGAAGCUGGACUACAUCGGUGCCAGCGUCGAGGCCCUCCUGGAGCACGGGGACAGCAUGCACACCUGGGCACCGAGUGGCUGGCAGCAGUGCGCCUGGGAGGGCGAGAGCUGCGAGUGCCACGGGCAGGUGCGAUUCGGCGUCAACGGGAGCUGGUCCGAGCUUCGCCAUGCGGGCGGCCAGACGGACUGCAGCACCCAGGCCUUCGAGGACCCUGCGCCGCACAAGGCCAAGGCCUGCCAGUGCCUGAACGAGGUGGUCGGCAAGCAGGAGCGCUUCCACGCCCACCUGUUGCGGCUCCGCCGCGAGCUGGAGUCGGACAAGGACAAGGACAAGUAG